AUGAAUAGAAUAAAGAUAUUCUAUUAAAUAAAAGGCAUCAAUUCCUUCCUUUUUUAAUUAAAACUUACAACAUUUUAGAAGAAAAAAAAUGUUUUUUUAGAUUAUUCUAAUAAAGAGAGAGUAUCCCAUUCGUUAAGAAAAAUGCUAAUAAAUUGGCCGAAAAAGUAAUAUUGCUUUAAGUUUUUAUGGAUUGCCUAAACAACUUAAAGUAUAAUAAUUGUGCUUCAUUUGUAAGAGAAUUAAUUGAGUUUAUAUUAAUUUUAUAAAAUGAAGAAGGGAGAAGGGAGAUAUUAGACAUAAAUAUUUUAAGAAAGGAAAUAAGUAAUUUAUAAAUUCUUAUGAAAAAAAGAAAAUUAGUGUGUCAAACAAGAUAAAGUAAAGACGAUAGAUUGAGUUUUGA